AUGUCGGAAAAGGCAAAGGGAAUCGUGUCCCUGCGCAAGAAGAAGACGACCAAACGUCCUCAAAUCAGUGCGCCUCGCCAGAUCGCUACAAAUCAGCAGGACGAGUCGACAGCAGCAGCAUCAGCAGCAGCAGCAGCAUCACUGCACCCCCCGCCGCAGCACGCCCAGCACGCCCACCAGUCGCGCUCCGACACAGCUCCUCGCAACAACAGCCAAACCAGCCAGACCAGCCUCGCCGUUCCACGUCCUAGACCGUCGCUGGGGGGCCCUGAUAGUACCACCGACCUGGUCAAACGCCGUUAUUCCACCCGCUUCGCCAAUUAUCCUCAAGAUGCCGAACGAGCUCCUUCUGUUCCGAACAUCCCUGCCCACCUCGCACAAUCGCGUCCGAACCGCUCGCCUGACCGCCGCGGAGAACGCAUCAGGGUUGAUGUGAAUGCCCUGCGCGAUCCCCAUCUCCAGCCCGACCAGUACGUAAGUCUUCUUUUGCAGGAUGCUUCCGAAGCAGACAUCCACGCCUACCAGCAAGAUCUACGCAAACUCAAGAAUCGCACAUCUACCGAUCUACAGCACAAUGUCUACCAAAACCGCACUCAAUUCAUCCACAUCUCAAACGAGGCCGACAAGCUCAAGUCUGAGAUGCACACUCUGAGAGCCCUCAUGUCAGAGCUUACAGCUGUCUUGUCACAUGCCACCUCUGCUGGCUCGAACCAGGAGCAACAGGCUGCCCAACAGGAUCGUAAGCGUCAGAAUCGUAGCAGUGUCGCCAAUCUAGAAGCCUUGUGGUCUACCCAUUUGCAGGCCAUGUGGAAACGUGUCGAGGGCUCUCAAAAGUUCUUGCCCGCUGUGCCAGGCCGCCAUAUUGUAUAUGAGUCUGGUCGCUGGCUAGAGUUGAAUGCUGCCACUUGGAAACCUCGUCGUCGUGUCCACGUCAUCCUCCUCAACGACCAUCUGCUCCUAGCUAGUGAAAAGAAGCGUUUUGAUCCUCCUGGAAUAAACUCAAGCCCUCAAAACAAACGCGCUUCGGUCUAUCAACAAGCCCAAACACAGACGCAACUCGUCGCCGAGCGCUGUUGGCCAUUGCAGGACAUACAAAUGACUGAUAUUUCGACACGUGCUACCGACGAUCGACACAACAUAACUACUGCUCUUAGCCUUCGCAUUGGAAAUGAAUCCUGGACCUUGGCUUCUUCUAGUGCUUCUGACUCUGGCCAGGAGGUCAACACAUUACUUGUCCAUUUCCGCAAAGCCGUCGAGGAUCUUCGCAAGACCAUGGUCGCAGACCAGGACCACAGGGGACGUGCCAUGGAUGAGCUUGCAUUCCUCACUGGCCACUCUCGCUUCUACAAGAAAGCUGCCAACCAACACACAGAUAAUGCCGCACUCAACUCUUCCUCGACCCUCAUCGAUGUGGAUGGCAAACAGCAGACUCUGAGAUGGGUCGAGAAUCAAGUUGAUGCACUAGACCUUGACAUAGCCUUGCAACACUUCGACGAUGCCGUCACUUUGAAUGAAAAGUUGCGCAAACUUGCCCGUAACAUAAAAGGCAAUAAUAUUGCUCAGGACAUAAUUCUCUCCAAACUAGAUCAACGUGCUGCCAAAUUGGCCAACAUUCUAGCCAGGCGGCUCAAGGACACAAAUUCUGGUGCUGCUGCCACCAAAGAAAAUGUCAAUUGGCUUAUGAGACUGGGCUUCGAGGAGACGGCUCGCUCGGCCUAUCUUGAAUCACGCAAAGAGGUUCUACGGAAACGAGCAAGACAGAUACCAUUCACUGGUUCCUUGCCGCCGCACCUGACCGCGCUAUCUUAUGUCACCUUCACAAUUAUUCUACACACUUUCCGCACCUUCUCGUCCUCCUUUCCUCCAACAUCAUCAUCAGCGGUCGUCAAAUGGGCCAAAGAACGAAUCGAUGAGUUCAAUGAGAGCUUGGACCGUCAGCUCAGUAGCGUUGAGAGGGGGAGUCCUUUGUGGAACGAUUGUAUUGAUGUUGUUCGAGAGCAAGCCGCCGUGCUAAGUGAGGCCGGUGUAGACUUCUCGGGCCUCAUUGCGCAAGGCCUGACACAGCAAACAUAG